AUGUCAAGCUUUACUUAUUGUUUAGAAAAAUCCAAUCAUCUCUACCUUGACAUUUCAAAAGAUCCCUACACUAAAACUGAGUGGUUAUUACAUCAUUUCGGAAAGACCCAUGAAUUAUUUCACGGAAUUAGGUUGGGCCCAACUUUUAUAAAUGAAAACGUUUGUCAAACCUUAAUAUCAAGAAAUGUCGUUUUUUCAAGAUAUUUGGUUCAAAGAGUAUUAACGUAUUAUGGAAGACAAAAUCCAGCAUUGACCGAACAGAAAAUCACGUUCAACGCCAUACAAUCAGGCUCAAAUAAAUUAAAGAUCCAUAUAUUACAAGAAGGAGCUGCUAUAUUUUCCGAAUUAUUACUUAUUAACGUUAAGGGGAACGACACACUUGGAUCAAAAAGUGAGAUAAUAAAGCAACUACAUCGACCAAAAGAAACCUCGAGCCUUUUUCGGAUAUAUAAUAGUAGUCAUAGGCCAUAG